CCAAUGUAAAUAUAAAACAAAAUAUUCCAAACAACUCAAAGUAAUUGGCUAACAGUUUCGCAACACGGCGGCCAUUUUUGAUCUAAACGUAAUAAAAAAAUGUCUACAGCAAAAAAAGGUAAAGUGUCAGGAAUAAUUUAUAUGCGUUUUUAAUUGUUAAGCUUGUUUAUUAGAUGCAAUUGUUUAAUCAACAAAAAUAUCACACAGAAUGACAAACUACACUUGUGUAAAAACUACCGGAAACUACAAACGUAAUCAGUAUCACGAAGCCACGCACUGUUUACACAACCCUUUAAUUUGCCAAUACCGUACACACAGCUUUUAAAAUAUAGUACAGCAAUAAAAAAGGGUUUCAUUCAGUAAAGUUUGAGAACAAGCUGUGAGAUGUCGGAUAUGUAACCAGGUUAUCAGUUACCAAAACACGUUGCCUUUCCGCUCUGGUUAAAGAUUAAUUUACUUCGUGCUAUAAGUAGCACAAGGCCUUGUGCACGGUUGCUUAUAUAAAUUGCAGCGCCAGCAUAGUGUGUCAGUUUUGCAUUAAAAUUAGCCUAACAUAACAUAAAGGUUAUUCUUUAAACACGUUAGUUCAAUUUUAUUAAAACAGUGAAGAGAAGGGAAGUACAAGCAAAACGAAUCGAUUGGAUUCUAACGAAAUGUAACCUGUAUUUGCAGAUUAAGCAAGUGUGCAAUAGAUAGCUUUUGGUUAAGAAAUUAUCAAUAUGUCCUCGUUUGCUCCAGCAUCUGGAAAGAGCGAUUUGGCGGAAGCUGGAAGCUUAUUGACGAAGUAUCCGCUGGAAGUCAAGAAAAUCCCGUACAAGCCUGAUGCCAAAGUAGACGAUGUUUUGUGCUUCCGACAUUACAACGAAUCAGAAGUCGUCAUGGGGAAACCGAUGAGCGAUUGGCUUCGUUUCUCGGUUUGCUACUGGCACACGUUUAGGGGAACAGGGGCAGAUCCAUUCGGAUUCCCUACAUUGGUACGACCAUGGGAUGAUGGGACAGACAGCAUUGAGAAUGCAGAACGACGUAUGAGAGUCGCGUUUGAUUUCAUGUCGAAACUCGGUGUCAAGUACUGGACCUUCCACGACCGAGAUAUAGCACCAGAAGGGGUGACUCUUUCUGAAACAAAUGCAAAUCUUGACCGUUUAGCAGAAUUAGCCAGUCAGUUACAAGGCGAGACUGGUAUUAAAUUGUUGUGGAAUACGUGCAAUUUAUUUGCACAUCCUAGGUACAGCAACGGUGCAGCAACCAAUGCCGACGCACACGUGGUUGCAUACGCCGCCGCUCAGGUGAAAAAGUCACUUGAGAUCGGCAAGAAGUUGGGUGCCGAAAACUUUGUGUUUUGGGGUGGCAGGGAAGGUUAUCAUACAUUGCUAAACACGAAUGUUAGAGAGGAACUUGACAACUUAGCGAACUUCUUUAAAAUGGUCGUCGCUUAUAAGAAAAAGAUCGGAUUUACUGGCCAAUUCCUAAUUGAACCAAAGCCAAAAGAGCCGUCAAAACACCAAUAUGAUUACGAUGCAAUGACAGUGAUUGCGUUUCUGAAAACCUACGAUCUGGACAAAGAUUUUAAAUUAAACAUCGAGCCGAACCACACCACGCUUGCUGGCCACUGCCAUGAACACGACGUUGUCAUGGCGUCUGCAUACAACAUGCUUGGGUCUGUGGAUUCGAACACAGGAUCCCCUGACCUUGGCUGGGACACGGACCAGUUUCCAAUGGACGUAAAGAAUGCGACCAUGAUUAUGCAGACAGUGUUAGAGCAAGGUGGUCUCGCUCCCGGUGGUUUAAACUUUGAUUGCAAAGUGAGACGCGAAUCAACCGAUGUUAUCGACAUGAUGAUCGCCCAUGUUGGAGCAAUGGACUGCUUUGCCAAAGCUUUAAAGAUAGCUGCCAAAAUACGUGAAGACGGGGUGCUUGGGAAGAUGAAAAAGGAAAGGUACGCGAGCUUUGGCAGCGGACUUGGAUUGAAAAUCAAAACAGGAACUGCAACACUGGAGGAAUGUGACAGCUUUAUUCAAGAAAAUGGGGAGCCAGCCAAGUUGUCUGGAAAGCAAGAAAUGUUUGAAGCAGUUUUAAACCGAUAUUUUUAGACCGUGUUUAAGGCUUUAUCUGUAAUAUGUGUAUAUUAAUAAAAACAUCCGGAUAUCAUGAA